CUUGUCUUAAUACUUUUGAGGCACACACACUUAUACUCAUAUCUGCGACUCAAUCUAAUAUUCUAUAUCCAUGGCUAUAUAUUCCUUCAGUUUUGUUGCCCUUCAAAUUGGGGAAAAAUUGUCAUCUUUGGUCGCCCAGGAAACGUGAAAAUGAAUCACUUCCUUUUUUGUGCAAUUCGUCUGCUCCCCACAUGCUUGUGAUCUAAGUAGAUCUGAAACUGUCUUUUGGCAUUGGCCCUUUCAACAUCACAAGCAGGAUGGAGCUGGUUCUUAUGUUGCUGCUUGUUUUCAUUCCUACACAGGCCUCAGGGAGUGAAUCUGAGAAUUCAGGACAUAAUGCAGGGACUGGAGAAACAGAAACUCAACUAGACUGCGAACUGGUGUGGAGUCACUGCCUCAGAAAUAAUUCCUUUCGUGCCAGCUGUUACGAGGAAAAAAUUUCCAAUUGCUACGUAAAGCGUCGAUUCACUCCUGGCUUCAUUUAUCGGCAUGUGAACACGAGUGAUGAGGCCGUGGAGAGUCCCACCCCUGUACAUCGUGUCCACAUCCCAUCCUCAGCUCUUCAGAGGAGCAGAGGGGCAGCGUCGUCGGAGGAGGAGGUGCUUCUGGUCGUCACUGUGCUCAACAGCACCUAUUUCACGCUUCGUCAAAAACCAGCCAGAAGUCGGAUUUUCGUGGCCGAAUCUUUACCCAAGGCUGUUAUGAACGGGAAUGUCCUGGUGGUCCGAGCUGGAAGGCGUCCGGUCCAAAACCUCCCCCAACCCAUUAGAUUGACCUUCCAACACAACAGAAAGGUACAAAAUGGAACAUGUGUUUAUUGGAUUGAGACAGCGGACGGAGAAGGAGAAUGGAGCACAAAUGGCUGCAACACAAGUGACACUGGAAGCAAAUUUGUCUGCAGCUGCAACCAUCUGAGUUUCUUUGCGGUGUUGGUGAACCCAGUGAUAUCAGUGAGUAAAAAGGAUGCUGUCAACUUGAGCUACAUCACAUGUGUGGGAUCUUCGCUCUCGGUCGUCUUCACCAUCGCCACACUGGUCAUCUAUGCAUGUCUGCAGAAGCGGCGUCCGGAGAAAGCCAUCGGCAUCCACAUGAAUCUAACCGUGUCGCUGCUCUUCCUGCACCUCAGCUUCUUGCUGUCCAGUUUCUGGGUUUGGCAGGAUGAGGACGGUUGGCUUUGCCGGACCAUUGGCCUCGUCCUCCACUGGUCUCUGAUGGCCACCAUCACCUGGAGUGCUCUCGAGGGUUUUCAUCUCUAUCUUCUCCUGGUCAGAGUGUUUAACAUCUAUGUCAGGAAAUACCUGCUCAAACUCAGCUUGGUGGGAUGGGGUUUUUCCACCCUGAUUGUGGUGGUGUGUGGAUCUGUAGGCGUUUAUGGAAGAUAUGUUCUACCAUACAAAGAUUCCAACAACCAGAAUUCAUCCACAAAAAUAUGCAUGAUGAGCAGCAAGUUCCCUCACAGCUCUCUGGUCAUCUACAUCACAGCUGUGGUCUACCCCUGCCUGGUCAUCCUGUGCAACAGCUGCAUGUUGGGGGUGGUGUGUUACAAGAUGUUUGGACAGAGACGGUCCCCAAGCAUCUGGAAGGAGAGGAACCAAGAGAAUUGGCAAAGGUUGUUAAAAGGCUGCGCUACAGUCCUUGGCCUCAGCUGCGUGGUGGGCUUACCCUGGGGUCUGACCACUGUCACCUUCAUCUCGACCGCCGGGGUCUACGUCUUCACCAUCCUCAACUCUCUGCAAGGUGUGUUUGUGUUCCUGUGGUGCGUGGCCAUGACUCGCAAGGCUUCCACUGAUGACAACUCCACAGUGAAAGGCUCCUCCUCACAGAAGAUGAUGACCACUAGUUUCAACAAUUGAAGACCUUCCUGUAUAUUAGGCCAUUUGCUGGCCCUUUGUACAAACAAAGUCUCUGGUUUCUCAGUGACUCAUGUCUGUGUUCUUACCAACAGGAUGUAGGUGGUUUCAACUUUAAGACACACCACAACUCCUCCUCCUUAUCGGGCCACUUUGGUUGCAGAUUUCUUGUAAACACUGAUAAGGUUGUCCUGACCUUCCACUGGUUAGGGACCUAUGUUCGCUCCCAUUUUCCGGGCAGUACGUGCCACUUCCUACCUUCUUGGCGAGAUUCCACCGCAGGUGGAAUAAUGCAACAUCCACCUAACACUUCAGAAACGUACUCAACCCGUCCUCCUUUGAAAGAGCCGCCGGUAAACUCAGGUGCAUAUUCUGAUAAAACUGCUAGCUAAUGACUUGGCACAGAAUAGCCUGAGCAGGCCAGAACAUUGACACCAUCCGCCUAUAUUUGUGUGAGAGUGCAUUCUAUGCUCAGACAGCUACAGAGACCUUUCUGUGUGGUGCAUUUAAGCUCAGUCAAGUACGUAAUGCACACGUACACGUUCAAGAAGAUUCCUAGCAGAACUCUAAAUGUUUGUUUUUCUUCUGUUUUCUUUUGUGAAAAUAUUGUCUAUUUUGUGAGAAAUAAUUAACUUCCACACUUUAUUUGUAUUUUAUGUUUAUCAAAUUUUAGUUUCUGUGCAAUCGCCUGUGCUGGUCCCCACUCUUGACCUUGCCUUCUGAAACAGAGGUCACCACCGGCGGUCUGUUAUUUUCCAGCAAAUCAAAUGCAGUCCGGACACAGCGCCCCCCCCCCCGACAUUAACACACAAUUUAUGACGGCCAAGUUUCCAAACAACCGAUCAAUCUUACUUUGCGUUACAACAGCACCAUCUUCUGGUGAAAGUAAUAAGCGUCAGAAACGAAUUGACAUUAAUGUACGCAAGAGUUAUUGCGGGACUGUUGACUGUCUGGAAUAACACUAAGGUUGUGAUGUGAAGUGUAACAACAAUGAAUAUAAAUCUAAAUGUAGUACACAGACCAC